AUGGCUGCCUACUUAGAGCCCGUCGCCGCUGUCCGAGACGCCAUCGCCGUGGUAAAGACCGGCCUAAAGAGGAAGCGCAUCGCCGUCGGGAGCACGGAGCAGUACGAGCUCAAGGACAGCUACCGCCUUGGCGCGGGUGCCUUCGACUUCAUCUUCAAGGCAUGCCACCACGCCAUGGACCAGACCAUCGCCAUGAAGUGCCACAGCACGGCCGAUGGCGGCCACACUACGCUGCUCCAGGAGGCGCGCUUCCUCGAGGACGCGUGCUGCGGUGGCACCAACCCGUUUGUCGUUGGCUUCCACGACGUCAUCCGCGACCCGGUGACCUGGGAGAUGUGCCUCAUCAUGGACAUGUGGCCGUGGUUCUCGUCGAUGCCAUUCGCCACCGAGGUGAUGCCGGAGCUGGACAUGCAGCGGUACAACCUCCUGCGCGAUCUGUUCCCCGAGACAAAGCUGUCAACAGAAGGAUUUGAGGGCCUGUUUGUGUUUGAUAUAGGGCCCAGGGGUGUUCGAGCCCAUCAGCCAGGCUCUGGCUAG